AUGGGUAACAUCUGCUCCCGCUCCUCCAACGAGCCCGAGGCCUUCGCGGGCCCCGGUCGAGUCGUCGGUGCCCCGCCAGCUGGCCAAUCGACUGCACCGCGCGCCUCAGUUCCUGCCAAAGGGAAUUGGCAAAGUAGUCCGGGGCGGACACUCGGCGAGUCCUCCCCGCAACAAGGGGGUGGUGAUGAGGCGCGGUCUAAUGCUGCGAUAGCUGCGCAGAAACGAGCUGAGGCUGCAUCCGCCUCCAGCAAAGGGAAACUGGGCACUAAACUCGCGGCGCAAAAGGCCAAGACUCAGACGCAGACCUUGAAUGAGGUCAGUCAGACGGAGCGGGCCGUGCGGGAUGCGGAUGGGGCGGAGGAGGCGAGACAGUGGAAUUGA